AUGUCCAAUCUCCACUAUUACAACUACCCCGGUGUCGGCACCACGAACAACCGCGAAUACUCCUACUCCCAAUCUGUACGGGUCGGUGAUAUCGUCAAGUGCUCCGGCCAAGGUGGAUGGGAUGAUGAGGGCAAUAUUGACGCAAAUGACCUACCUGGCCAAAUCGAGAGAGCAUUCCACAAUGUCGAGAAAAACCUUCGGGAUGCGGGACUGCAGGGGUGGGAGAAUGUGUACUCCGUGCGCAGCUACCACAUCUCGCUCGCGGAUUCAUUCGAUUUAAUGGUGGAGAAGUUUAGGAAGUUUAUGCCCCGCCAUCAGCCAAUCUGGACGUGUGUGGGAGUGCGAGAACUGGGUAUUCCUGGGAUGAUCGUGGAGAUUGAGGUCGAAGCUAAGGUGAACUAG